CUCAGCCGGAGCUGAUUCACCAUCAGCCUCCUUGCUUGGGGUCGCUCUGACAACAAGCACCCUCAGGUUCUCCUGCCUUGGUUCUGUGAACACAGCAUCGAUAAUACCUCGCAGUUCCCAGGUCACUCUAUCCCGACUGUGUUACCUCCUCAAACCCUCUGCCUUGGUCUCUGCUAAGGCUGAGACCCUCGCAGUCGCCCGUCGUCAAUGCGACCCAUGGUUACAGCCGCUGAAGCUCGUACACCAUACAUUGACACCAGUAUCCGUUGGCCAUGGUGAUCUAACUAAUCCCGGUCAAUUCGGAAGCAUCUGUGGGACACGAAGUCGAGGUUGCACGAGGAGAGUGGUGAUCUGCAUGGAGAGUACCAGGAACCGUUCGUCCUUUUCGGUCCAUUCCGGCACUUCGUACUGGAUGGUGAAAUCUUCAUCGGAGGAGUGGCGUCAUUAACGGUGGCGGCGGUUCUUGACCCCCUUCCCUUUCUGAUCGAAGCAUCUGAACGACAUGAAUUCAGCAAGGCGUAGCAAGCGGAUCUCAGAUCCCGUCGAAGCAUCGGUGGUUGAGCGCUUCUUUGCACACAAGGCUGUGGUCAAGCCAACAAUGGCUCAGGAAGCUUCAGGGAAGGCCCCUCCCGCUGCUGCUCAGCAGCGUCGGCGUGUCAGCAAGCCUGUGGUUAAUAACGCUGUGCUUCCUGUGGUUGCUGGUCUGACGCACCCUGGUGCAGAUGCCAGAGGUUCAUCCACGACUGUUGCCAAGGAUCCGGAGCUGGACCUUGAAUAUCCUGAAGCGUCGGUUCAGGAGACCGGGAAACCCGCUCAAGAAUCGCAUGAUCAGACGAAGACUGCACGAUCCAUGUCUCGCGAUUUCGACGAAGAAGAGGAAUGGGCUGAACUUGCCAUGACCGUCAAGCUGUGCCUUGCGACUGCCGCUCCCUCGGAGAAACAGCUGGAAGAGCACGUGACGCUGGUGAUGGGAUCCGCGAAUUCCGGAGUUGAAUCCGUCUCUACUGCUUCUGCUGCUUCUGAAGGCGUACUUACAGGAGCUUGUACGAGCAGCCUGUCUCCUACUUAUUCCUCUCCUGCAUGUUCUUCGCCGUCGACUUCGCCUCCGCGUGACGCGACUGCUGCCGACCGCAUGAAAGUCGCUGCCUGCCUGGCAGCCUCUCGUCGUCAUGACGUGAUGCUGUGUCAUGCUGCCUGGCCAACCACUCACGAGGCUCCAUCGGGAGAGUACGACUUCCUGGAAAUUUCCAUGGCGUCAAGUGCGACGGGGUUAGGAUCUGGAGGUUGGUCUCCCACGUCAGUUCUGGACGGUUCUCCGUUCAAGCCAUCCAACUGGCAUAGCAGGAAGCCAGAGGGAGCUAUUAAUUCCAUCAGUAGUCGGGCACGUCAGCAGGAGACCGAGCAGCAGAACGCGCAGCAGUCGACUGUACAGUGGACAGCGCUUUCCACGCAGCUCCCUGCUCAACCGUGUCUCCUGUUGCCAACUCAGCGUGUGGUUGUGGAUGUGGCCUUCAGGCAGCAGUUCGAAGUGGCUCGCCCGACCCCUCGCUAUGCCGAACUGCUCUCUCAGCUUCCCUCCGUGUUCGUCGGCGGAAGGCAGCGGCUCAAACCCCUCGUCACCGCCCUAGCUACUGCCAUGAACCUCUCACUGCAGAGCAGCGGGAUCUCUAUUGCUCCCUGGCGCCGUACGAAGUACCUCUUGAGUAAGUGGUUCCCAACAACUGAUGCUGGGACUGCUAUUCCCGAGGCUCGCACCCAAGUUCUGCCACCACAGAUGGCGACGGGAGAAAUACCUACCUCCGUCCCACCUCUUAUGCCAGUCGCGUCUACCAACCUGCCAGUCGCAACGACUGCCGAGCUGGUUGCUGCUGCGACCAUGAAAGCUGCUGACGCUCUACCUUCCAACAACUGUGAAAAGGGAUCUACCAGAGCUGGGAGCACUAAGGUUCCUCGUGCAGUAACAGACAGCCUUGCAGAGAUUUCUCAGCUGCAGCUGCUGGCAAGCAAGGAGGUACUCAGGUGCUGCCACAACCACAAUCUGCCACACCAGCAAAUUGCUUAUGGCCCUGCGGCUGUGGCUGGCGCUGGUGGUGCUGUCACAGGGUUUGCUGUUGAUGACUGGAAGCCUCCUGCAGUGACUGCCAAGCGUCGUCCUGCUUGCAGGGAGGGCUGCCUGUCCCUCCGCCUGCGGUUGCAGGAGAGGGAGGAGAGGGAGGUGUAUUGAGCGUGCUUUCUUCCAGGCAGCAUUCCCCCCUUGUUCUCAGGUCGCUGCUGCUGUGUUUAGUUGCUUGCUACAGGCGAAAUCUAACCUACAGUUGCUGCGCUUGAGCCAUGCCUACCAGCCGAUAGAUGUUGGAUGGUGGCCGAUUUUGUUUGCUUGACUAGGUUGACUUCGUGUGCUUGCUAUCUUCAGGUGCUUCUUUGUAAUUAUGUGCUUGUGCUAAUGGUAAAUACAGAAC